CGUUAAGACAAACUGCACGCGCCCUCAACAUCCCUGUUUCAUUAGUCGAGUUCAUUAACACUGCAACUAAUUAACAUUUUAGCAAUUUAUUGAACUACAUUUGCCUUCACAGUCGGUACGAUUCUCACUAAUUGUUCUAAAGGGACGUAAUGUCCCAUUCCAGCACCGAGUGCUAGCUAAACGGAAUCAAUGUGUAACUGGGAAGUGACGCCUGGUGAAGAAAUCGGGAGAGGAAAAAAACAAAAGUUUGAUGUUUGAGUCAGUCUCUACAGUAGCAUGUCGCCAACAUUAGCUGCAGCGGGGCGCCGUCGAAACAGCGAGAUGUUGAAGGCUUAUGUGCCAUGGAGGGACAGAGUUUAAUGGUGUUGCCCAUGAAUGAGCAAAGCACACAAACUUCUUCAUAUCUGUUCACCCCCGGCUGACAACCUGUGAUUAGGUCACAAAGAACUUCAGAGGGGAUAGAAGAUAAUCUUGCUUGACCUGGCUCCUGCUUAAACUGACGUCAGUGUGGUUUUACGGCUUUAUUUUAUUAUACAUACCCCACAGAAGGGUAUACUUGUAUAUUUCCAUCUUUGAUGGUUGGAUUGAUAAAUACAAGUGGAGAAUUAUUGCUUUAGUUGACUGAAAAUAUUUACCUGCUUCGGAAUAUUCAUGCCCGUCAUGAGCGUACCAGCCCAGCAGAAACCCACCGCCAAAAGAACAGGCAAACGCAUCACAUUUUUCAGUGAUCAAAGUGUAGCAAUGAAGGAGACUUCUCAGCACCCGGAUGGGUCCUACUAUGUUCCAAGUGGUACUUCCUCAGAGCCUGGACAGAGCGAGGCUGCAAGUACUGUGACGUCCAAUCCAGAGGGCCCUCAUAUGUACCUCAACUCUGUGAUCUUCAGCCCAGAUAAGGGUGACCACAGCAGAGGUCAUUAUCAGCAGACUGUACCCAUGAAGUGGGCUCACCAGGAGCCCACUCAGCAGCAGCCAAGAGCUGCCUCUUGGACCAUGCCUAACUGGGGCCAAAGCUUUGCAAACUACAUCGGAGGAGUAAAUGACUCAAGGACCCAGAAUGUGUUUGUGAAAUCAAUGCAAGAGACCCCUGGCCUACAGCCACAUCAACAACCCCCUAACAGAGCUGCAGACAAACCUGCAGUGGAAGUGUUUAGGGAUGUAGCCAAGUCUCGGGGGAUGGAGUGGGAACAGCAGCAGUCCCAAGCCUUUCAGGAGACCUUGAAAUCAGGGGUGCUCAAUACCCAGCAGCAGAGUAUAUCGCACCCAGGAGGAAGCUCGGUCUUGCAGUCCUUUCAGGUGGCCUUUGGUCAGCCUAAGCAGCAUCUGCCUCCCUACUACCAGACCUUUCAAGGGAACAGGACAACUCUGCCUAACCCACCAAACUACUCGGCACCAAAUGCAAAACCCCAACAUCACUUACAGCAGCUGCAGAAGCAAGAACAAAUACAACGGCAACAACAUAUAAUCCAGCAACAAAUGCAGCAGCAACAAAUCCUUCAACAUCAACAGCAUGUGCAGCAACAGCUACAGCAGCAGCAACAAAUACAGCAUGAGCAGCAGCAACAAAAGAUACAGCAACAACAACAGCAGCAACAGCUCCAAAUUCAGCAAAUGCAGCAUCAGCAGCAUCAACAAAACCCCCAUGUGCUUGACUAUUACUCUGGUGUACAAAAUGUAAACCCUCAUGCUCACCCCCAGCCUGUUGUGGUACACUCCCAGGAGUCCUCUGGUCCAGCUCCGCCAAAGAUCCAGGAACCAAUUAUCCAGGACAUCACACCAGAACCACAGCAGCCAUCAGAUCCAUUGCAGCCCCCUCUGCAGUCUGAGCCCCUGACUCAGCCUCAGACACAACUUCAAUCCCAAACGCAGCUUCGCAGAUCUCGGCGGCUCUCCAAGGAAGGUGGCGCACCUUCCGACAAUCCCUUUCUCUCUGUCCCCUUGGAGCAGGCGCCGCCGGUGCUUCAGGGACCUCAGAACGGGGCACGAGACAUCCAGGCAGCCCCAACAGGUGUCAUCCAAAGCACACGCAGGAAACGCAGGGUUUCCCAGGAGGUCAACCUGGAGAUGCUUGCUCAGAAGGCCUCAGAAAGGGAGUCUCCACCAUCACAUCUCAAGGAGCCACACAGGCCUUGGAGUCCCACAGAACAAGAGAGCAUGAACCCUAAGCGACCCCGAGACGACAACCUUGUUCCACUCGUCAUCCCCGUGUCUGUUCCAGUCCGGAGGCAGGAACCGUCGUCUCCCGAGAGGGACGAAGCAACUCUGGCAAAUAGCUGGCCCCACAGGUCUUCAAACCCCCAGGAGCUCGGCCGCACAGACCACAAGCCCUCGGUCAUUGUCACUCGAAGACGCUCACUCAGGAAUUCAUUGUCAGACAGUGCAGAGCAGAAUGAUAGUGCAGAGGGUGAAAAAGAUGACGACGGCAAAAAGUCCAAGCGUCGUCCACGCCCUGAGCCUCUCUUCAUCCCACCACCUAAACCUUUAUUCAUCGCCCCAUCCGCCUACUCCAGCAUUACACCUUACCAAAGCCACCUACGCUCCCCCGUACGCCUUGCCGACAAUCCUAUCACCAUGCCCCCCUAUACGCCACCGCCAAUCCUUAGCCCUGUUCGUGAAGGCUCUGGCCUGUACUUUUCCACUUUCUUGUCAUCUGCUGCAGCCAGUGGCCCGGGCCUGCCCCCUCCUGCUACACCCAAGUCAGCCACACGCAGCCUAUUACGUUCCAACAGCUGCGACAUCACACCACCGGUUUUGUCUGCUAUGAGUGAGGCCACUCCAGUCAGCAUUGAGCCGCGCAUAAAUAUUGGGUCACGGUACCAGGCAGAGGUGCCAGAGCUGAGGCAGCGAUCGGCUGUCGAGCUGGAUCAUCAUCGUGCGGACCUGGUCUGGGUUCCCCUGAGCGAACUGGAGGGAAAAACCGACUUCGAGGAGAAAGUGGAAGACCUCAUGCACUUGGCCUGCUCCAGCGUUUUGUGUGGAGGAGGCACCAACCAGGAGUUAGCCCACCAUUGUCUGUAUGAGUGCAAAGGGGACAUAAUGGCUGCUCUGUCCAUGCUGAUGCUGAGGAAUCCAAUUUUCCCAAAUUCUCAUCAUCUGUCCAACUACCACUACUCAGGAUCAGACAGUUGGACAUCAGCUGAGAGACGCCAGUUUAACAAAGGCAUUGCUGCAUACAAGAAGGAUUUCUUCAUGGUGCAGAAACAGGUAACCACUAAGACAGUGGCACAGUGUGUGGAGUUUUACUACACUUACAAGAAGCAUGUAAAGAUCGGCCGCAAUGGGACGCUAACCUACGGUGAGACAGAGCCUUUGGAAAGCAGGACCACAGAGGAGGAGAUGGACCACAAGGGCUCUCACAGGCUGGAGCCACAGCGGGAGGAGGACAGCAGGAAAUGGGAAGGGUCAGCUGACAGGAAACAGGAUGUCUGCCCUACCAGAACGUCUCACACGAUGCAGUCCGCAGAUAAUCCUGGGACUGUUCUGAUCAUGAAAGGCCAGGAGGAUGUGGGGAGGGAGCAGCCGCUUUCCCGGGUCAUUCACCCCCCUCAGCCGCCACCUCCCAGCUCCAAACAGCGCUACGACAGCAACGCGCGCAGGACAAGUCCUUCCACAGGGAACAAAGGCUCAGCCGGACAGGAGGGAGAAUUUCCCUGCAAGAAAUGUGGCAGGAUUUUCUAUAAGGUGAAGAGCCGCAGUGCCCACAUGAAGAGCCACGCCGAGCAAGAGAAGAAGGCUGCAGCACUACGGCAGAAAGAGGCCGAGGAGCGGGCGGCAGCAAAAGCAGCAGCCGAGGCCGCUGCCAUCCUAGCUGCACGGCAGCAGAACGGGACGCGACAGGUGGGUGGCGACAGCACCAAUGAUGACUCAUCAGACGGAGAGGACGACGACGACGAUGACUGGCAGUAAAGGGAAGGCCAUACAUACUGACUGCACUGGCAGCAUGGCUUAAUUACUGGGACAGGAGAAGGACAAUAAACAAAAAUAUAACUAAAGAAGAAGAAACCCUCCAGUGAAGUUUCUGUACAUUUUGUGAAAAACGAAGAUUUCUGUUGCUUGGCACAUUCAGGGACAGAUCAGCUCCCAUGUACUCAUUGAACUGUGAAUGCAUGGACUGAGUGAGAGUGCGUUUUGCGUGGAAUGAUGUGCUUUCCAGAACUCACCAACUCCCCUUUACUCUGCUUGAAAAGCUUUUUCAAGCGUUACCUCUCUUGGUCACAGGGCUCGGUCAAAUCAAAGCCAUGCCGCUUCUCUCGGCGCUGUCCUUUUCUCCGCUCCCAGCCGCGGCCUUCUUCACCAGUUUGAAUCUCUCCCUGCUUCAUUUUGACAGGCGUGGGACUUGUGAGAUUUUUUUUUUUUUUUUUUUAACUCUUAGGAUGAGCCACAGCACCCGCUUAAAGCUGCAUCUCGACCGUCCGGCAUUGGGUGAAGUUUUGAAGAUAUGAAAUUGGACAGCUGGGGGGGGUGUUGCAGCGAACGGAGGCUCCUGCUGUUAGUUUCUCCACUCUGGGACAGACAGAUGGAUGACUGGCAUGCGCAAACUGUUGCCUCUAUUUCGCCGCUCUCCUGCACUCAAAGCUGCCAAAAGCUCUCUCAGACGCAUGUGCGCCAAAUGGGUUCUGUGUUCAUUUGGACUUUUGUUUUGUGAAACCCCGCCCGCCCCUGCCAAGCCCUCGUCACCUUUUAUAGCCCCCAGUUAGUUCCUUACUGUUGAUGCCUUGGAUGUUAUGCUUUUUAUCUUAAAAUGACAAUCAAUUUUACACUGUUGUUUUUUUUUUGUUUGUUUGUUUUUUUUAUCGAUAUGUAAACAGGUAACGUUACUUUUUUUUUGCCUGUGUUGCUAUAUAUGGUUAUUGUUGUUUUUGUGAAUAUUCCUGUUUAUGAUUAUUAAUAUUAUAUUCUGGUAUUGGCUACAGUUUAAUUAAGCGCU